UCUUACUACUGUGGUGGCUUUUAGGUUUUUUUAUUCCUUAUGUGAAUCUCAAAACAAGCCAACAUGGGUUCGAGCAGCACAUACAAUUGGCUUACAUUUUUUGGAAACGUCAACGCUGUUGCAGGAAAGCACGAAUGUUAUGGCAUCAGAUAGAAAAGGAGAGCGAAUGGAAGUGGAUCCAAUAGAAAGCCAACACGAAGCUGAGUUACUGGCAGAAUUUGAGCGGAGAAGGCGGGCGAGGACACUUACGCUACCGACCGAUGAUGUUCAGGUCAAAUUGAAGCUAAGAAAGCUGAAUCAGCCGAUAUGCUUAUUCGGAGAAGAUAUUCUGGAUCGGAGAGAGCGACUUCGUGCGCUUCUGUCUACAAUGUCAGAGGAUGAAGUGGCAGCUAUACUACAUACUGAAGAGGGUUUCGUAGAAAAGCCGGAUGAAGAGACAACCACGUGGUACCAUCGCGGACCGAUGGCUCUUCGAGCAGCUCGAGUAGCAAUCGCUGACUUUUCAUUGCGCAGAGCUAAGGAAAGGCUUGCACGUGCCCGUGAGAAUGCUGCGCGACCACCGCACGAGAAAGCUCUAGCACGCCAAGAGGCUCAUAAAUGGAUCCAGCAGUUGAACCUUCAUGCUUCCCAGGUGGCAGACAGUCGACCUGUUGCGUACUGCGAGUUCUCACCAGACUCAGAGCAUAUCGUAACGGCUGGAUGGUCAGGGCAGCCUUCUGUAUGGCGGAGGGAUACUUGUGAACGGCUAAUACGUUACACAGGGCACCAGUCACAAAAUGGAUGCGCCAGAUUUCAUCCUCAUGCUUACGUGUCAGCAGAUUCGUCCUCACUGAAUGUAGCCAGUUGUGCUCACGAUGGAACCGUAUAUUUAUGGUCACUAGAUAGCGAAAAGCCCAUAGGCGAACUAGAAAAGCAUGAAGCUCGCGUUUCUAGGCUAGCCUUUCAUCCGAAUGGUCGACAUCUUGCUACAGCUUGUUACGAUUCUUCUUGGCGAAUGUUCGACGUUGAAACCGGAGAAGAUUUAUUGUUCCAGGAAGGACAUGCAAAGUCUGUAGCCGAUGUUGCGUUCCAUCCCGAUGGUUCAGUGGCUUUAACAGGAGGACUGGACUGUUAUGGGCGAGUGUGGGAUUUGAGAACUGGAAGGUGUAUCAUGUUCCUGGACGGACACACGAAGGAGCUGCAUACAGUCGAUUGGCUUCCCAACGGGCUAGUAUUAGAUUUUAUCUUUCAAAAUGUCAUCUUGGAUUCUAAAAUGAUUGUUGUCAUUUGCUUCACCGCACAGGUGCCAAAGUGUAUUGGCUGGCACCCCUGCAAACUUGUUCUUUUUUUGGCCUAA